UCACUAGCAGCCAUUUUGUUUAAGGUUUCGACUUUCUCUCGUUUCGACGUCGUGUUUUAAUAUGGCCUAAAACCUGUUGUAUUUUGUUUACUUGCGUACGUUUAUAAAUUUAUUUUGUGUUAUUUCGAGUUAAAUCGUUAGAAACACCCCAGUCUUUGUACUUGCGUGUAUAUUUUUUUUAGAAAAGCUAAUAGCUAUCUGGCUAACAAGAUCAACCGCUUUAGCUAGCUAGCUUGCUAGCACAGUGAAUUUGCCCGCAGCAAAAUGGCGACGAAUGCGACGCCACAGACUCCGACGGCGACUUGGCCGUAUGGGGGCAGUACUACAACAGAGACGCCUGUUCAUGAAAACCCUGAGUGGGAGAAAGCGAGACAGGCGCUGGCCUCCAUCAGCAAGAGCCAGAACUCCACCAAGACACCUGCAAAUAACCACACCAACACACAGGCUGGACAUUAUCAAGCAGCUGUGACGGACACUUCAGCGAUGCAGCAACAAACACCAUACUACCAGUGGUACCCACAGAACCAGCAGCAGUAUGCGGGAUACACUUACCCAUACAACUACUAUUACCCAGUGCCUCCAUAUGGAGGACCAUAUAACUCAGGUCAGUAUGGCGUUCCUGGAGCCUACCAACAAUCGACAGUUCCUACUGCACAGCGCACUGGCAUGGCUGGACUGAAGGAUCAGACUUCUGGUUACCAAUGUGAAGCACAGCCUCCACCUCCUGAUGCCCCCCAGCCUCCUCCACAAAGUCCCACAAGCACAGACCAGCCUCCACCUCCCCCUCCCCCUCCCAUACCUCCCCCACCCAAUUCUCAGUACCCUCCACCGCCUUCUCCAUCCCCUUAUAAUUCUAAUGGAGCGCUGUCUUAUAGCUCUACUGACUCCAGUGCUGUGAGGACUUACAGUUAUGGGCAGAAUAGACAAGGAUACCAGGGCUUUCAGGCUCCAAGUUACCAGGCAUCCCAGCAGCAGGGGACAGCACCAGGCUUGUAUGGUGGAGCAGGUCUAGGGGAUUCUAACAAGAAAGCCAAUAAUGCAAAUGUGAACAAAAUCGGGCAGCAGAUGUGGAACCGCAUGAAACAGGCUCCUGGAACCGGAGCUGUGAAGUUUAACAUCCAGAAGCGCCCAUAUGUAAUGACCACUCAAAAUUUUGGAGUUGGUGAGCAGGCAAAUGGAUUGUCUAUAUCAUCUACCACAACAGCAGCAACUUCUGUGUCUUCAGUAACAACAGCUUCCACUGCAGGAGCUUCUCAGACUGGGCCUCAGGACUGGCCCCAGGCCAUGAAGGAAUAUGUGCAGCGUUGCUUCACAGCUUGUGAGACAGAGGAAGACAAAGACAGGACGGAAAAAGUGCUAAAGGAAAUUCUACAGAGCAGACUGCAAGAUGGCUCAGCCUUCACCAUUGACUGGACUAGAGAGCCCCUGCCAGAGGUGAAACCUAGGCAGUCUCGUUGGGAGGCAGCACCUCAGCGGUCUCAAGAAAACGCACUCAGCCGAGGGGGAGCAACACGAGGUAAGGGUGGUGGUCGGCUGGGCAAUUACAGAAAUGUGUUCUCUCAAAGGAGUCCCUCUUCCAGCUCUUCCCACUCUUCUUCACGGUCGCCUUCUCCUCACAGCCGUUACAGAGAGAAGAACAGACAUCGCCGCAGUGAUUCUGGCUCUCAGUCUGACAGCAGCAUGUCGAGUGAUCUUCGGCCAUUCUCUCGACGGCAGCGGGCUGGGAGAGGUCGUGGGGAAGAGAGGGAAAAGGGGAGAGGAGCAGCAGUAGAAAGAGGCAGGGGGAGAGGAGGAAAAGGGAACCGAGGGCGAAGGAAUGAUGAUCUGGCCGGUGUUCUUGGUAAAAAGCGUAAGGGUGGAACAGCAGGCCUGGACUUCCACGACCCGAACCGCGAGGCCAAGAAGCAGAGCCGGGCAGCACGAUUCCACACCAAGCGCACCGAGCCACUGCUACUGAAUAUCAAUGCCAUUGACCUCCCAAAUGCCUCACAGGAGGGCCUCAGCUGGGAUGAAUGUCCCAUUGUGGGUACCUGCCAGGACAUCACCAAGAACUAUCUGCGUUUGACCUGUGCCCCUGAUCCUGCCACCGUGCGACCUGUGUCCGUGUUGCGCAAGUCUCUGACUGCAGUGAAGGCUCACUGGAAGACCAAUCAGGAUUACCCAUAUGCCUGUGAACAGAUGAAAUCGAUUCGACAAGACCUCACUGUCCAAGGAGUACGAACAGACUUCACAGUAGAGGUCUAUGAAACCCAUGCACGAAUAGCCCUGGAGAAGGGUGACCAUGAGGAGUUUAACCAGUGCCAGACGCAGCUGAAAGAGCUUUACAAAGAGUGUCCAUCGAGCAACAUAGGAGAAUUCACUGCUUAUAGACUGCUGUACUACAUCUUCACUAAAAACUCUGGAGAUUUGACCACAGAGUUGGUAUAUCUCACCCCCGAGCUCCGUCAGGAUGGCUGCGUGUCCCACGCUCUUGCGCUCCGUGCCGCAUGGGCGCUUGGAAACUACCAUCGCUUCUUCUUACUGUACAAGACAGCACCACGUAUGGCAGCUUACCUCAUUGACAAAUUUGUGGAGCGUGAGAGGAAGUUAGCACUGAGGGCUAUUCUCAAAACGUUCAGGCCCUCUGUGCCGGUGGAGUAUGUACAGUCCAGUCUGGCCUUCCCUUGUUUAGAUACAUGUUUGAGUUUUCUGACAGGGCUUGGAGUAACAUUCGUUACAUCAGAUCCUAACAAGAUAGAUUGCAAAGCCAGCUCAGCUUGUCUCACCAUUUAAUAAUUUGCAAGAGAGGAGUGAGAAUAUUUCAAAAUUGACAGGAAGAAUGAGGGACCAAAUAUCUGCAUAACAGCCAGCUUAGCUUAGCUUAGACAGAUGACAAUGUUCAACAUUGAUCACACUUAUUUAACUUACUCUUAUAGAGUGUGACCUACAUACAGAGUGGACUGUAAAGACAUUCAUUUAAUUACCUAGUGUGACAAGCUGAUCUGCCUAUACUUGAAACCUCAGAGUAUUAACACUGGGAGAGAAGCUGCCUAUAUGACACAAAUCCACACAGUAAUCGGAGAUAGACCAAGUGCAGUGAAACAUCGGCUCAGUAGACUAUCAGGCAGAGAAGUUGAGAUAGUUUGAAGAAAGUUUCUGGGUUUCCCAUUUCCCAGGCCUUGCAGAUCAUUUUGAAGCUAAUGGUGUUCUGUGUUUUUAAUGUUUUUCUUCCCUCAAGCCAACAGCCUCAGAGCUCAUAUGAAGAGUCCGACAAUCCAAGUUGCGAAGACAAAAAGCCGAUUAUAAAAGUUCCUGUUCAUCUCAAGACAAAGAUAGCUGCUGCAAGCUCUGUUCAAGAUUACAAGAUCCCAGAUUUGUUCUUUCAAUGGACUUAGUUUUGCACUUAUGGUCGAUUCCAGUCUGGAGAGAAGAUGGUUUGUAUGCCUCAAUGUGUGUCUUCUUCCUGUAUCAAUUGUGGGAGCAGCAGAAGCACAUGAGAGAAUUAUUCCAAGCCUUUCAUCCUAGUAAUUCCAGGUAUGGACUUUUAAAAAUGGAUGCAAUAUAUCAAGCUACGAUUCUGCACAGAGGGUUUUCCUUCAGCCUCCUACGUUGUUUCUGGUGCACAUGUAUCUGUCUAUCGAGUUCCCUGAUCUUCAGCAUCUAGAGAAUGUAGCUCACUGAAAUGGCUGCAGCAAGACCAAGACUCUAAGGCAAAGUUAAAGGAGAUGCAGAUCUGCAGGAAAUUCUACAGAAUAUAGGACCACAGUUGUACUCCAUAAGUUUACAGCCUGAGUAUAUGUGGAGCUACAUGCCCAAAUCAACAGCAAUUUCAAGAUCAAGACGACCUACCAGAGAGAUAAUCCAGAGGGCAGUUACAGUGAAGAAGACCGUGGCAGCAAAGUAACCUGUAAGGCAGCAGAUGUGUGACAAGUGCAGCUGUAUUCACCUCUGCAGGAUGACCUCAUUUUUGGAGCUCUUCUUCUCUUGUCCCUGUAGGAGCUGAAAGAAUAAUGGGUUUGUAUCUGUUCCGAUUCUUUGCGCAUAUUUAUGCGUGGUAAGAAGAAGAGACUUGGCUGGUUAUAGAAUGAGAAGUAUUAGUCCAGCAGCAGAUACUGUAAUGAUUUUCAGAUGCCAUAUAUAUAUAAAUAAAAUGGGGGGAAAAUGUUUAAAGGGUUUUUUAAAAUAAUUUACUAUUUAAUGCAGGCUUGUGAGGCAAUUUGAUAGUAAGCCAAAGCAAAGGAUUUAAAGGAAAUUUUGCUGCGGGAUUACUUUGUAAGCAAUCACCUGUUUUAGUCCUUUUGGAUUUGAAAAAAGUUGAGUUUAAAGAAUCUGGCCUAUGUAUGGUUCUCUUUUUAUAGUCCAAAACUCUUGGCUUAGAUUGUAGUGUUGGAGCCUAAAGAAGACCUGAAAUACUGGUAUUUAGUGCUGUUACAGAGCAGAGAUGUUUAUCAUUAGUGUAUCUUUUGAGGUGAAGCUCUAAUGUGUAUAUAGUGUACAGAAACUUUAUAUAGCUUUUUUUUUUUUUUGGCCCCUGGGAUAAAUAGAAGAGAUUUCCUGUUAACACUGUCAUGCAUAAUGGAAGCUAAAGGAGGGAUGACAAAUGAGAGAGAAACGUGUAUCCAGAGUUGAACUGGAUGCUGGAAAGUGACCACACUGAACACACAAAUGUAUUCACUUGGCUCAACCUUAAAGUCUGUUUGCAAUGUGUAUGCAUUUUUUUCUUUAUAUAUAAAAAAAAUAUAUAUAUAUAUCUUUGCACAGUUUUAAGCGGUUGAUCACACUGCAAAAUUUUUCCCCACCACUGUCAGGGUUGCUAUACAGUAAAUUGGUAUUUCCAGAUGUUUUGUUGCCCUUUUUACAUUUUUUUUAAUAUAUAUUCUGUUUUAAGUUUGUUAGCAGUUUUGGUUCUGGUUAUUUAGUGUCAGUCUGGGGAACCGGCCACAUCGGAGUGUAGCAUUUGCAGAUAUCCUCCUUCACCAGGUUGUUUUCAAGUGAAUGUAAAAAUUAAUUUGGCUUAAAUGCUUUAUAUAAGAAUUAAUAAUUUAAAAAAAGUUUAACCAUAGAUUUAACAGUCCUUGUUUGUUUUGUGGUAAGAUAAUACUGUAUUUUCCUUGCCUCUUCUAAUGGUCCCAUCCCUCUGUGUAAAUGCAUUGUGCGCUCUUUCCCUCUGGUCCUCUUCUGAUUUGACUGCUUCCCAUCUCUUUAAUUCCAUAGUAAUUGUUUUUGAUUUAUUUUGAUGCCUUUCCUCUUUGUGAUGUUCACUUCUCUCAUAGGUUGUGUUCUUUAACUCGGUCUCGUCUCUUUCUUCUCCUUUAUUCUUUUCUCUCCCCCCUCAUGUGCUUUAUAACGAUUAUGUAAGGGUCACGUAUGUAUGUGUUCGGCAGUAAGUAUUUCCCGCAUUUUCUGAUCGCUUCUCUGCCUUUUCUUACAGCUCAAACGUUUAACAUCUGAACGUCAGCUUUGAGCUAAAGGACAAUUAGAACACUUGUGAAUACUUUAUCUGUAUAUAUUGUACUGCUCUUGAAAUAAUAAAUCAUAAAGAAAUUA